AUGCACGGGCGGCGGCUUCCGCCGGCGCUACACAGUCCCCGCGGCCGCCAAUCACGACACGUCCUCGCAGCCGCUGCGCCGCUCGUUUCGCUCAUUCUACUAGCGCUCGCGUCGUUCGGGGGAUUCGGAUCGGUGCAAGUCGGUGCUACGCCGUUCAGCGUGUAUGACUCGUACCAGCCGCCGUGCCCCUUCCUGCCCGACCCUCCCCCGCAAGGUGCGGCCCAUCCCUUCCCCGCAAGGUACGGCCCAUCCCUUCCCCGCAAGGUGCGGCCCAUCCCUUCCCCGCAAGGCUGGAAGCGGUGGAGCGACCCUGCCACGUGGACUAAUAGUGGCAGCUCCGUGAUUCCCGGAGUGAAGGCCACGGGGGGCGAGUGGGUGGAUGUGACUAUACCGUGUGGGACGGCCGUGCUGCUGGAUGUGCCUCUAGUGAGCCUCAACAGGCUCGUGAUUAAAGGCUGGCUCAGGGUCCUCGACUCACCAUCUCUCCCAAGGGUGGAGGUGCAAGCAGCCUUCAUCAUUGUUCAAGGCCGUCUCUCUGCCGGAUCCACUGCAACUCCCUUCAGCCGCCUCGCUCUCUUCACCCUCCUCCCCUCCCCCUCUCGCGCCAACUACACGCUCACCGACCUUGCACCAGCCGACCCCCUGAACCCGAGGAACCUGGGUCACAAGGCUUUUAUCGUGGUGGGAGGCGCAGUGGACCUACAUGGCAUGCCCGGCGCCUCCUCUGCUCCUGCAUGGGUGCGCCUGGCAAGGACAGUGGCUCCCGGGGAUAAGUUUGUGGUGGUGGAUGGUGAUGUCACUCAGUGGCCGGUCGGCGGCACUGUAGCGGUUGCAUCCACUAGUGCGAAUAUGAACGAGGCAGAGACCGGGGUGAUUACUUAUGUCGCUCCCAUGCCUUCGGGGGGGGGCUUCUAUGUCGGAUUGGCCAAGCCUCUUAGGUUCCGCCAUGAGGGUAAUCUUCAAGGCACCCCUGAUGGAGUCGGGGGAACGGUGGAUAUUCGAGGGGAAGUUGCCCUUUUGGACCGGAAUAUCAUCAUCCGGGGGUUCAAGGAGAAAGCACCCUACGACACAGAUGGCGGUCACUUCAUGGUCUUUAUGACAAAAACGCCUCAAUUCAUCGAGGGGGUUCAGUUCCUGGGCCUGGGCAACCAGGGCACGCUGGGACGCUACCCCCUGCACUUCCACAUCUGUGGAGACAACAACCAGGCGCACGUGGUCAGGAAGAACGUGAUUGCUGCGAGCCAGCAGCGCUGUGUGGUCAUCCAUGCCACCUCGGAUGUGACUAUAGAGGAGAACGUGGCGUAUGAGACCAAGGGGCACUGCUUUAUAACGGAGGAGGGCAGCGAGUAUAGCAACGUGUUCAAACGCAAUCUGGGGAUCAACAUCCGAGGAGUACGCAAGGUGAUCCCUCCCGAGACUUCCGAUCGACUGGACAGGCAGACGGACAACCAGGCCACCACGUUCUGGAUGGCCAGCCCUCGGAAUGAUUUAAUCGGAAACGUGGCGGCUGGAUGUGACAAUACAGGCUACUGGUACGAGAUGCUCGCUAGAAUGAGGGGGGCUUCCAAGAGGCUUGAUCUGGGUGACACCCCCAUGCCCUUCUUCGACUCGUUUGGCAAGUUUGACGGCAACGUGGCUCACUCCUGCAAGGCUGGAGUUCGCAUGUAUCCCCAUGGCAACCGGCCCCCCAAGGAGGCCGUUUUCACCAACCUACUCGUUUACCAAAGCCGACUCGGCAUCCUCUUCCAUCGUGCCAGGGACACCACCGUCCGGGACUCGGCAUUCGUCGACGUGGCGGUGGGCAUCGGCAGCGACGUGAACGUGGACAUCAAAGUGCAGAACUCGAGAUUUGUCGGCCGCACACAAGCAUGCUCCGUACCAGCCAAAUCAGCCUCUCGAGCUUCAUCAACCAAGGCGCCUUCUGCAGCAGCAUCAGCUACCGGUUCUCUUCCCAUGUCCGUUUCUGCCCUAUCUAUGGACACUGAUUCUUCUCCUGCUGGCGCUGAUAUAUUCCCAAACCAGCCAUCGGCCUCCUCAGCUGUUCAGGAGUCUGUUUCAUCUCAGCUGCUCCGGUCGUAUCUCAACCCGGUGGGAGGCAUUGUGGCAGCAAGCGCAGCGUCUACUAACGAGGAUGAUUUCAACCAGGGAAGCAGCAUGAGGGGCAGUAGUAGGGUCACCACCACCACUGCUGCUGCUACUGCUGCUACCACCACUGCCAACAGCCUUUCCACCAUUCAAAGCCUUCCCACCGAAAGCACCACCACUCUCGCCUCUUCAACCCUCGACUCUUCAACCCUCGACUCUUCAACCCUCGACUCUUCAACCCUCGACUCUUCAACCCUCGACUCUUCAACCCUCGACUCUUCAACCCUCGACUCUUCAACCCUCGACUCUUCAGCCCAAGGCAAUCCUUCCAAUCCUCCCACGGACGGCUAUCCCACUCCCAUCGCCACCAACCCUACUUCAAACCCCCAAACCGUUUCAGACAGCCCCGAAACCCCUCUCGAUCCCUCAUCUGAUCCCGCUUUUGCAAAAGAGCUGAAUUACUGGCACGAUGAGGAGGUGGCAGCUAUAUUCUCCUCUCUUUCCCGAGCCUCGCUGCCCCGGCUUCCCAAAGCUACCCUCUCGCGCAUCGCCCAGCUUCGGAACAGACUCGGGCUGUCUAGGUUCGGGCACAGGCUCGGGAAGGGGCUUGGGAACAGGCUCGGGAAGUGGCUUAGAGGUUCGGCUGGGGGGAGUAACGGGGCGGGGAACAGCAGCGGCGUUGAGUUGAACAGUGUUGCGAGCGUGCGGGCGGCGGUUGUGUCUUUUAGGUUCGGGAUGUUUGAGUCGCCGGUCGGCAUUGCGCUGAGUCAGCAGCAUUGGAUGGAUCCUUCUGGCAGUGUCAAGAUCUCUGGAUGCUCGUUUACCCAGUACGCUACAUGCAACCCCGCCAGCCCUGCCAUCGUGGCGCAAGCAACGGUCUUUGGGGGUUUCUGGGACACAUCCACAGCCACUCAGGGUCUCAAAUUUGAUGCAACCACCAGUCGGGUGUACCUUCAGCAAGAAGCGAAUCCCACCAAGUCCACGUCUCUCGUCUCCAACUUCAUGGCCGUUAGAGACAUCGACGGAACCCUCAUCGGCGGCUCUGGGGGCUUCGCCAUCGUGCCUUAUCUCGCCAAGCCUCCAGCCACUGUGGCAGCCAAGAAGAACAGCCUCCCCUCAGGACGAAAGCCAGCAGGCCCACUCUCAGGCUGCCAGUACUACCUCUCGGUGGGGUUCACAUGCCCGGGCACCUGCUACCACUCCUUCUCCGCCACCUAUUACGAAUCAACCGCCGCUGCUGCUGUGAAGGGGAGCACCCAGCGGCCGUACAGCUACCUGGUGAUCACGAGGGAGGAGGACGGGGCGCAGUUCACGGCUUACGGGUUCCAGAACGACCCCCUGCCUGUCAUCCCCGCCAAGUCCUCUGUCCGCAGGUGGAUAUCAGCCACGCUUGAAGCCGGCUUCACCUACCGCGUGCGCGUCGUCGCUCCCCCAUCCAACCCCACCUUCUAUCCGGAUCGCAUCGCGGUGCAGCUGCGAGACAUGGGGGGUUGUGAGGGGCGAGUCAAGGUUUUGAUGGAGCCCAAGGACGCUGCCACCAACUGGGUCGCCACCUACAGCCCUCCCACCAGGUGCUCAUCAACGGUGCUCGCCCCAUCCACCACCUACCAGAGCUACCUCUGCUCCAACAGCCGUCGCUUCCUGGCCCUCGAUUUCGGCGCCCCGGAACAGUCCUACCAGAUGCUUGCCAUUGCUCGCUCGGCCUCCUGCUCAUCUACAUCUUGCUAG